GGAACAGAAUAGGACACAUAACACAAACAUAACGUGACUGCACCUGCAACUUCUAUUGACCAUUGUUGUUUGUUCUUGCUAGUGGUCGUGACAAUACCAAUGUCUUCCAGAGGGUUCAUCCUUUAUCUCGUAUCUAGUUUCUCUUUUGCUGUUCUUUCUGCACUGUUCCUCACCAACCAUGUUCAUGAUAGCAACAAAGUAUCUUUGUUAAACUCUGAUGUAUCUGGAACUCAUAAAGUUUGGCCCGAAUUGGAGCCAAGUUGGAAACUUGUGUUGGGAACGGUUAUUGGGUUUCUUGGAUCAGCGUGUGGAACCGUUGGUGGGGUUGGAGGAGGAGGCAUUUUCGUUCCCAUGCUUAAUCUGCUUCUUGGGUUUGAUACCAAAUCUGCUGCUGCUCUUUCUAAAUGUAUGAUAAUGGGGGCUUCAGCAUCAUCCGUUUGGUAUAAUCUAAGAGUGCCCCACCCAACGAAAGAGGUGCCCAUCUUAGACUAUGAUCUGGCACUUCUGUUCCAGCCUAUGCUCAUGCUUGGGAUCACUGUUGGUGUUGCUCUCAGUGUUGUCUUCCCUUACUGGCUUAUCACUGUUCUUAUCAUCAUUCUCUUCGUAGGCACUUCUUCAAGGUCUUUCUUCAAGGGAAUCGAGAUGUGGAGGCAAGAGACUCUUUUCAAGAAAGAAAUGACCAAGAAGCGAGCGAUAUUGGUUAAUUCUUGUGGCGAAGAUAAGACAGUUAGAAUUGACACAAAAUUUGAGCCGUUGAUCCCUAAAGAAGAGAAGUCAGCUCUAGAAAUUCUCUGUUUCAACCUUAGAUGGAAAAGGAUUCUGGUUCUGAUUGUUGUGUGGGUUUCUUUUCUACUAGUUCAAGUCAUCAAGGCAAGUCCCCUCCACCCUCUCUGUCACUCACUUCUCUAUUCAAUUUUGUUGAUGCAAUAUUUGUUGUUUGGUCUACAGAAUGAUGUAAAGAUUUGCAGUACAUGGUAUUGGGUGCUUUUUGGCUUGCAGUUUCCAAUAGCACUUUUGGUGUUUGGCUAUGAAGCAGUUAAGUUAUACAAGGAGAACAAAAAGAUGAUAAGCACUGGGAGCUUAGAAUACAUCUGUGAGGCUUCAAUAGAAUGGACCCCAAUGAACAUUGCAUUUUGUGCACUUUGUGGCAUUGUAGGUGGAGUUGUUGGUGGCCUACUUGGUUCUGGAGGUGGGUUCAUUUUGGGCCCUCUUCUCCUUGAGAUUGGUGUCAUCCCUCAGGUUGCCAGUGCAACAGCAACAUUUGUGAUGAUGUUUUCAUCAUCUUUGUCAGUGGUAGAAUUCUACCUUCUCAAGAGAUUCCCCAUUCCUUAUGCAUUGUAUCUCACCUCAGUGUCAGUUUUGGCUGGCUUCUGGGGACAGUUCUUCGUAAGAAGAAUAAUUGCAUGUCUUGGAAGGGCAUCAAUCAUUGUGUUCAUCCUCUCAGGUGUCAUUUUUGCCAGCGCUCUCACCAUGGGUGUCAUUGGCAUUGAUAAGAGCAUUCAAAUGAUAAACAAUCAUGAGUUCAUGGGAUUCUUAGGCUUUUGUACCAAUCAGUGAUAUAUUUAGUGUGCAUUGGGCAUAGCAAACAAGGGUAAAAUUCAAAUUAAGUGGGAAAAAAAAAAGUUGUAAAUUGAGUGUGGGACAUUCCCCAAUGCUGGUCAAUGCCUAGUUGACCAACAGGAAGAUCAAUGUCAAAUAAUGACAAGAGUAGCUUGUCUUUCUAUCCAGGAAAGUAAGUUGUGGUUGAGUGUUAGCUACUGGCUAACACCUUAUUGUGGGUAGUAUUUAUUUAUUUUUCUUUUCAUUGGUUUGGAUGAUUUCGGUUGCAUUUAAUUUGUGUCAUAAAAAAAAAUAAUGGAAAUGGUAUUGAAUGGUUUUAUACGUUUGGAUGUUCAAAGUAUCAAGAUAC